GUCGUUUGACGAGGAUCAUCUCAACCGUUCAAACUUGGGACCCCACCUCGUUCGUUACAGCAAGAUUUCUCUGUCUCCCACCAAAAAAAAAAAGAGGAAAUUUGUGACUUUCAAGUGUUUAGGUCUUUCUUUAACUCUUCCAUUCCAAAACCUUCAAGCAAGUCAAAGAAACAGUAAGAGGCAAAUUUGGGUUUCUUGAAACCGAUCCGGCAUCCAAAGGUCUUACAGAUUUCAAAUCUGUAUAAGGUUUUGAUAUGGAGAAAAUUAGUACGAGAGUGGUCCAGAUAUAUGGCAACUUAGUUAGUUUCUUGCGGAAAUGCAUUUUUUACAUUCUUUCUGUUGGUCCCAUACCUAAUCAUAUCGCAUUCAUCAUGGAUGGGAAUCGGAGAUACGCAAGGAGGUGGAAUUUGAUGGAAGGAGCUGGCCAUAAAGUUGGAUUUUCAGCUCUCAUGUCUAUGCUCAGGUACUGCUAUGAAUUUGGUGUGAGAUACGUAACAAUAUAUGCCUUCAGCAUUGAGAAUUUCAAGCGAAGUCCUGAGGAAGUUCAAUCUUUGAUGGACUUGAUGCUAGAAAAGAUUGAAGAGUUACUCAAGGAAGAGAGCAUUGUCAAUCGUUAUGGUGUUAGAGUUUAUUUUUCUGGGAACCUGAAACUCUUGAGUGAACCAGUUAGGUUGGCAGCUGAGAGAGCUAUGCUUGCCACUGCUAAGAAUUCCAAAGCAGUGUUGUCUAUUUGUGUUGCCUACACUUCCACCAAUGAGAUUGUUCAUGCCAUUCAAGAAUCUUGUGAAGAAAAAUGGGAUGAAAUUACUGUACUGAAUUCAAGUGGAGCAGGUUGUGGUUUAAUCAGACUUGGAAGGGAUGAACAGGAUGAAGGGGAUCACCUUAUAAAAGUUACUGAUAUUGAGAAGCAUAUGUAUAUGGCAGUUGCAGCUGAUCCUGAUAUCAUAAUACGUACUUCUGGUGAGACACGCUUAAGCAAUUUUCUUUUAUGGCAGAGUGCAAACUGUUAUUUGUAUUCUCCUUCAGUGCUUUGGCCAGAAAUUGGUUUUCGUCAAUUUCUGUGGGCCAUACUGAAUUUUCAGCGGAUUCAUUUUUACUUGGACAAGAAAAAGAAGCAGUUAUAAAAUAUUUCCGGAUGAUGAUUUGAUCUGAUUAUGGGAAGUCUUUUAUCUUCUUUAGUAAUGGUAACAGAUUCCAACAUAAGCUUGGACUUGUUUUUGGCGUCCUUGCUGUUAUAUACCUGAGUAUACAAUAAACCAGUUGAUUACAUUUGGAGGAACUCCUUACAUGCUAAGAUGUAUGUUAGCAAGCAAAGCGCUUCUGGGUUAUAUAUGGACAGUAUACUCAAUAUGCUAAGGGGAUGGUGAUAGAUGGGAGAGCAGAGAACUUUAUUAUAGUUUAGUUGGAGGUGUAUGAUCAGAUCUGUAACCCAUGCAAACUAUCUGUUUACAUCUAGAACUGAUGAUUGUGCUAUUUCUUUCUCCCGUUUUUUCUCAUUUUUUCCUGUUAUUGUUAAAGAUGAGAUAUUAAUGUGCUUGGUAGGCCUAACAUGGUUGGAGCUUUUAUGUAAAACUGCAUUGAUACCUGGUUCAACUUGGAACUAAUAAGGUAUUGCUCUGUUACUUGAACUGUUUUUGAUCUUAUAUUUAACAAUUUCCACGAAACUCAAAGCUGCCCUUUCACUUUCAUAUGUUUUGCAGAAAUAAGUAUGCUGCUUCAAAUUUACAGAAAUUAGUAGAAUGUAAUAAUCUGGCUGGAUAAUAUCUUGGGUUGAAAUUUGCCUAUUAGACAUUGUUUUAACAUGCUGUUUUACUGCUAACUAUGUUACUUUGACUCGGAGGGGAGUUUCGGAUACAGUUAUGAGUCUAACUGAAACGGGUAUGUGUCUAACCAUAUGUACGGUAAGAAUUUUUUAAAAUUUUCCAUAUAUUUGGAGGAUCAGACCUUUAUAUCCGUGUCUGUCGGAAGUGUCGGAUGCAUGUAUUUCAAGAAAAAUGAAGAGUCACAACAAUAUAGACUACUAAAAUUGGCUUUCUUGUUUUAAAAACAUACAACUCAAUUUCUUCCCAGCCAUCGAAGUUUUCCGUUAUAUUGAUGGCUUAAGUUACGUCAUUUGCAGAACCUUCUGAUGUCUCAUGCAGAGCAGGUUGGUUCUCCCUAUUUUUACCCUUCAGAAGAUUGUUCUUCCCGCUAAUAUCUUAACAACCUUUUUUUUUUUUAAUUUUAUCCUUAAAUUUUCAGUUGUGGAAGUCUUUAAUCCUUUUUUGGUAUCAUUUCAUCAAAUUCUGUAUGCAUUAUAUCUCAAUAAAUGCAACGGAAAGGAAACUGGGCUUGUUAAAGGUGCUAGAAAAAGAGCUAUGAUGAGUUAGCUACUAAGACUCCCAUGUCAUGUCUUGUUUAGAGUUUAGAUCAUCCUAAAUUUGGAGCUUUUGUAAUUAUGUUGAUUAAAAUCUCAGUGCAGUCGGUUAUUACUAUGGGUAGUUGCACGUAUCAUUUGGCUUUUUUUUUUUUCCGAGGAAGAUAUGGUUUGUACUUGCAUGUGAUUUCCAGGGAAAUUCCAGCUCUUUUAGUACUGUAGUCGGAUGAUAAUAUUUUAUUACGGUUUCAGAUUCAAUGUAGAGGUAGAAAUCACUUUAAAAUAUUUCCAGUUCUUAGGGAAUACUGUCUCAAAGAAAGGGGGAGAGGAGAAGUUGCUGCAAAAUCUUGAGGAAACUGAACCUCAAAAAUGAUACCAAUUAUUUGUUUAGCGUCGGCCAUAUGGAGCCCAUGUUGGCAAGGCAUUAUUUCUCAA